GUGCCACGACCGUGACUGGCGCAUCAGACAUGACACGAGACAGACUCGCCGCACACAGGGCACAAAGGCAGGUCCAAGGGGCGGGGGCCAUUGAGAUGCAGAGCGUCUCACAGGCACGCUCUUCUGACCACCCGUACGCCAACGGCGAACCAAACGACAUUUCAACCAUGUCUGGAUUCUACGCGGAGGUGACUUCUAUCCAAGAAGCGAUUUCUCAGUUCAACGCGAACAUUGCUACUAUUUCCGACCUUCACGCCCGUUCACUGAAUGCCCUCUCAGAACAAGAAUCGGAAAGCAAUGCUUCUCGACUUGCUGAACUUACGAAUGCCACACGAGCACUGAGCAACGAAAUUUCAAGACGUAUCAAAGCCCUACAGACCCCCGUUAGCGGAAUAAGCAGAAACGACGCAGAAAUUAGGAAGAACAGAAUUACCCUCGUCCACGGAAAGUUUGUCGAGGCGCUUCAGAGAUACCAGACCGUCGAACAACAGUAUCGUCAACGGUACCGAGAUCGCGUGGAGCGCCAGUUCAAAAUCGUCAAGCCCGAAGCAACCCCUGAAGAGGUGUCUGCAGUUGUCAACGAUACAGAGGGCAGCGCGAACGGUAUCUUCCUCCAAGCUAUCUCAUCGUCCAACCGCUAUGGAGAGUCUCGCCAAGCGUACCGCGAAGUGCAAGAGCGUCACCAAGACAUCCAGCGGAUUGAACACACACUAGCCGAGCUUGCACAGCUAUUUAAUGACAUGGCAACUCUUAUCGAACAGCAGCAGGAGAAGGUUGACAACAUCGAAACAAGGGCGGCGGAAGUCAAUACUGACACUAAAAGGGGGACGGAACAGGUCGGGAUCGCCGUUGGACAUGCCCGCUCUGCCCGUCGGAAGCGAUGGAUAUGUUUCUGGCUGACAGUCGUCAUCAUCCUUGCCGCCGUUGGGAUCGGCGUGGGAGUGUACUUUUCCCAGCAUCCACCCGGUUCGAGUUCGAGUUCAAGUUCGAGCUCAACGACGGCGAGUCCGAGUGCGACGACGACUGCAUAGGUUGGAAUGGCUGGACUGUAGUUUUUAUACCCCCUACCUUCCCUAGUGACGUUGUACUAUCGACCAAUCUAAUCUCUUAUACACACACAUAUCUGCUGAC